AUGUCAAACGAUCAAUGUGAAUCGCAAGCCUCAUUUAAGAGGCCUCCUUUUCCACCCGAAAUAGAUCCUGCAAAAAUCGCAAAAAAGCGCGUUUCCAGACUAAGAGAUCCUAGCAUGAUUAAUUCGCGAGGUCCAAACUGUUUCCUAAUAUACAGGACAUAUUAUACCUCUGUAAAUGCCUUAUCGCGUAGUCGAAAAAGCAACAGAAUCCACAUGACCACACUGUCGGCGAUAAUCGCAGAAUCAUGGAAAAAAGAACCCUCGGUGGUUAAGGAUUAUUACAGGCAUCUUGCAACUCAAAUAGAAAUCGAGAUGUGCAAGCAAAGAAGGCAAAAUGAAAUUCACAUAGUGAAUUGCGAAGACGUGGUAAAAGACAUCAACAUGACGACAAAUCAAUAUAACGAAAGCCCCACAUUUCGAAAGAAAAACGCCGACAAUACAUAUGGAAGAAAAUAA